CUCUUUCCGUGUUUCGUCGUCUUCUUACCUUGUGAAUCUUCUUUCCACUCGCUUCCCGUUUUAUCCCCAGUAAUCGGCCGUAAUGGCCCAAAUCUACCCCUGUUCUCAUUCCUCAUGCUCUCUCAUAUACAUCGGUGGAUCAUUUCUUAGAUUGAGAGAAGACGAAGAAGAGGGAUAGCGGGAGCCGCAGUCGAUAGGCAUUGGUUCUUUGAUCUGGUUUUCUUAUGAGAAACAGGGCGCGUGCUUCCGGUGCUUGGACCUUGCCAUCUCACAGAAAGAUGAAAGCAAGGAAGAUAUUUGGAUUCUCUGUAUCUCUUAUUCUCAUCAAUAUGGCUUCUAUAAUGGAGCGUGCUGAUGAGAAUCUCCUUCCAGCUGUUUACAAAGAAGUCAGUGAGGCCUUCAAUGCUGGACCUACUGAUCUUGGAUACCUUACAUUCACAAGGAACUUUAUGCAGGCAUUAUCAUCUUCCUUGGCAGGUGUCCUAGCACUUCACUAUGACCGGCCUGCAGUUCUUGCAAUGGGCAGUGCAUGCUGGGCCCUAUCAACAGCUGCAGUUGGUGCUAGUCAGCAUUUUGGACAGGUUGCCAUAUGGAGAGCGAUCAAUGGAUUUGGGCUGGCAAUUGUGAUCCCUGCACUCCAAUCUUUUAUCGCCGAUAGUUAUAUGGAUGGUCUACGCGGUACUGGAUUUGGAAUGUUAAGCCUUGUUGGUUCUAUAGGGGGCAUAGGAGGCGGUGUCUUGGCAACAGUCAUGGCUGGGCAAGAAUUUUGGGGAUUGCCAGGAUGGCGUUGUGCCUUUAUCAUGAUGGCAUCACUGAGUUUGCUGAUUGGAUGUCUUGUUUACAUGUUUGUCAUUGAUCCUAGAAGAACCACUCCAAUCGCUUAUGGUGCCAAUGAGGAUGCUAAAAGGACCUCUCUGGUUAGUAAAGGUCGUGUACGUCCACCUUCUGUCUGGAGUGAUUCCUGGUUAGCAAUGAGGUCUGUAAUGAAAGUGCAAACAUUUCAGAUCAUUGUCUUGCAGGGCAUUGUCGGUUCCCUGCCAUGGACAUCCAUGGUUUUCUUCACAAUGUGGUUUGAGCUGAUAGGUUUUGAUCAUAAUAGCUCAGCUGCCUUGAACAGUCUUUUUGCCAUUGGAUGUGCCACUGGCUCCCUCGUGGGUGGACUAAUAGCAGACAGGUUAUCAAAAUUCUAUCCAGACACCGGCCGUAUCAUGUGUGCUCAGUUCAGUGCCCUUAUGGGCAUUCCCUGCUCAUGGAUACUGCUUGUGGUCAUCCCUCAGUCUGUAAACAGUUGGAAUGCCUUUGCUGCCAUCCUCUUCCUCAUGGGCUUCACCAUCAGCUGGUGUGCUACUUGUGCUAAUAACCCAAUGUUUGCCGAGGUUGUCCCUUUGAAGCAUCGUACCAUGAUAUAUGCUUUCGAUCGUGCAUUCGAAGGUUCAUUCUCUUCAUUUGCAGCACCUGCUGUUGGAUAUGUUACUGAGAAGAUCUAUGGUUAUGAUUCGAAGUCUCUGAGUUUAGUAAAUGGAUCUGCUCAAGGGGCAUAUGCACUCUCCAGGGGACUAUUAACAAUGACAGUCAUUCCUUUCGGCUUAUGUUGUUUGUUUUACAGCCCACUUUAUGUUAUAUUUAAGCGCGACCGUGACAAUGCUAGGAUGGCUAGUUCAAAAGAGCUGGAGCUAACAUGACAAAUACUUCAUUGUAGUUGCAGGCAGUGGCAACUCCAUUCCUACGGAAGUGAUCAGACAGUUUGCUAUCGAGUCUAUGGGGGUGUCUUUUGAGGCUCAGGACCUCUGAGCUGAUGAUUUUGUUUUCUCAAUUGAAUUCAACAUGAAAGGCCACACAUUUUUGCAGGCUGAUCACACGAAAAUAAGAACGAACUCAAAUGCAGAUCUUUGUACUCCAAUCUUCAUGUUCUUAGCAGCUGUUAGUCUCUCUACAAAAUUGUGCUGCCUCAGCAUACACAAUGCUCAAGUCUUUGAACAUGCAGGGCCCGAAUGGGUGUAUUUUGGUUGUGUAUCUCUGUUUGGGACUACGGAUUCUUCAAGAGCUUUUGUUACAAGCUACUGAUUUUUCUUCAUUACUGGUUAGCUUCUGUUGAACUUCCUAUCUUGGACCUCUAUAAAUAUCAGAAUGGGCAUGAUUUGCUUAAACUU